AUGCAUUUAUUUACUGGGUUGAGCACUACCGAAGGCUUAAUCAAAGCCAAGCGCUUUAUCCCUUAUUCUUCCACUUUUGUAACUGAACUGUUCGAUCGCAAAUCAAGUACAAAUUUUUGGAAACAUCUAAUUUAUCAGAUAAAACAGCCGUACUACAUGGAUUGCGGUACGUCUGGUCGCCAGCCCGGAGAAGAUGUCACUACAUCAUAUCAUGACCACUACAAAGGUGGAUGUCCUUCUUCUGCUACGGAUCCUUGUGAAGCGAUGGCGCGCCUUCACAACGGCGGACCGAAAGAAUGCGAGAAGCCCAGCACCUUGGAUUAUUUGAAAGAUAUCGUGAAGCUCUCCGAUACAAUGAUGAAGUAG